CAAAAGAGUUCGUGUUAUUUUCGCGAGAUGCUGUGUUCAGCAAGUUUUAUUCGAUUUCUUAAUGAUCCUUUAUCAGUAAAUUAGUUUUUGGUAGUACCAAUGAAACGAUCAACCAUGAAAUCAAAUAUCGCUCUACAAUCAAGGUGUCGACCAGAAGGUAGAUUGUUUCCCAGAAGAAAAGUAGCAUCGAAGACAUCUCUUCUCAAUGGCGUUGGUGAUUUUGAUAUGGAGUUAUCGCUCGCCAUCAAAGAAAGUUUGAAAUACGCCCAGCAAGAAAGAGGGGAUGAUCUAAGGGAAAAUGGAUUAUAUGUUUCUAAUGGACCUAGUCAGAAUGAAAACAAUCAUGAUUCAUCGUCAGCAUUAGGCAGCAGUGCAGAACUAUCGCGAACUUUUUACAAAGCAGUCAACAGCAAAUCUCUUACUGCUGCUGGUGCUAUGGCUGCGUCUGCUUCUGACUUAGUCAGUGAGGAAGUGGGUCGCUUAAAAGAUUUAAUAUUGAGCCAGGCAGAGCUCAUUCAGUGUCAACAGGAUGAAAUUUCAAAGAAAGACAAAGAAAUAAAAGCAAUCCGUUCGGCAAAUGAUGCGGUAAUGCUUUUACAUAUUCAUAUUUGUGGGGAAUGGAGGGAGGAAUUCAAUUUGAAGGACUUGUUAAGUUUUAUUUAGCAUCCAAAUCACGUGACUUGUCAUGUGAUGAACUAAAAGCUCAGACGCGUAUGAAACGAUUGGUAGUAGAUAGUGGCCAUUUUUAGCCCCUGUAGUGUUUGUGUACAGAUGAGUGUGGUGUUACACGCCGGUUGCUCUUUUAAUUAUGCAUCAUUAGUUAUAAUUUAGCACAAAAAUGAAGAAUAUAUUGAAAUGUUUUAAUGAAUUUCUGCUCAUUUAAUUUUUAAAAUAUUAUGGUUAAAUUUGACUAUGAUUGAAAUGAAGAUAGCUUUGACUUUGUUUGAGUCAAAGUUUAGUUUUUUUUUAUUUACUACCGCCAAACCGAUUUUACCGAAAUUAAUACUGAAUGAUGAAUCAUUUGAAUUUAAAUGAAUUUGGGCUAAUUUGGAGAGAUGAGCCCCUGACGUCAUUUGCUUGUUUUGUUUUGGAUUCACUCCCAAUGCCAAAAAAGCUAAAAUUGUAAACAAAGUUCAAACAAAAGUCCUUAGUCCUUAAUUAGGCUUAGGCUAACAUAAUAUUAAUGAAAUAUUGACUGCUAAAUAAAAAUAAUUGUAUUAUGUACUAUAGUAUAUAGUGUGAUAAGCUCUCACCUGUCACAGUAACUUUGAUACAAUUUUUAAAUGGAAUGAAUUUGAAUAAAGAAAUUUUCGCAAUCCUCCUAAGUCCGGCCUGAAAUUAUUUCGUAUGUAGAAAAUUGCAAUGCACAGUGUGUAUUGUUAGAAAACAACAGAAAUUUCAGUCAAAGCUUUUGCAAAAUAACUGUCACUUUACAAACUAGUCAGUAAAUACUAAAGUAAAUGUUGUAAUUGGCGCAUAGCAUUUGCAAGGAGCAGCCGAAAACAUUAUGCUUGUGACUGAUGCGCAACUAAAAGGCCCCCAAGUAGCUGGCAAACAGACCGUGACUAGUACCACUCUGAUAGCGGAGUUUACGUUUCGCUUGCAUCCAAAGUCUUUCAAUAGUUUAUGUGUGAAUGUCCUGGUCAACUGGAUCAACAAAUUCAUGCCCAUGCACAAUAACAGCGUGAGCAUAAAUCCCGUUGUUGAGCUGACCGACAUUUUGAUAUCCUUGCCAAGCGUCCGUGACUAUAGUUGUCCCUGGUAACAAAUGAUUAGUGAUAAUGCACUCGAGUGUUUGUGCAUCUCGAUGGCCAACAACCUCCAUUCAAUGUAUUUUAUUUUGUCAUAUAAAAUAUAUUGAAUAGACAUUUAAAUAACACUUGCUGACUGUACAGUUUUUGCUAAGAAUAUUAGAAGAAACAGAUUUGUAAUUAUUUUUACUGGUACUACUCAAAGUAGUUAUUAUUGUAAGGAACCCAAAUUUUGAAGUAUACUAGCUACCUGUUUAUUACAUAGGUACCAGUUGAACCUCGCUCACAUUCUAAUCUGUGUUAAGAUGGCAAUCAUAGAACACCAAUCAAAACAUUAGGCAAAAAGUCAUUUUGAACUUAAAUCCCAUUGAUCUAUUUUUUAAAAUAUUGUUUGCACAUGACACAAAAAAUUAAUUAAAGGACAAAAUAAGGCUUAAAUCCCAUUUAUCUGCCUUAUUUUGUCCUUUAAUUAAUUUUUUGUGUCAUGUGCAAACAAUAUUUUAAAAAAUAAUAAUAAUUCCCCAUAUAUAUUACAUUAUUGCAAUUUAAGAUUUAACACUAUUGCUAUUUUAAUUAAGGACCAACUUCUGAGGAAAGAGAUAUAAAGAAAAUAAAGAAUUAAUGAGGCUUUGCAAAAAAUUCAAAUUAACUAAGCCUAAUAAGAUUUGAAUAAUUAAAAAAUGGUUUUAAUUAAUAUCUAAUUCCUAUGAAUCUACAAACUCAAAUUAUUAUUUUUAAUGGCAUUAUACAAAAUACAAAGCCAUAUUAUAAUUUUUAAUGUUUAGUUUUUAUUCCUGAACAAACUGCUGAAAUAUUGGACUAGAAACUGGACAAAAUAAAACUGACACCCUCAACCGUAUGUAGAACUAAUUUUGGUGUCAAAAUGCCAAAAUUAAACAUGUAUUUUGUCAAUAGACAAGUGAUAUACCACUGAAUACCAGUAUUAAAAAUUACUACUGUUCUAUUAAAAUCUACUUUUCAUUAUUAUAUUAAAAAAAUCAUUUUAAGACUGAUUAAUGUUGCAAAGACCACAAAGGAAUAGGUUAAUUUUUGUUUGUGGGGGCAUAAUUAUGAAAUAUUAUAAUCAGGGAUUUUUCCCUGUUAUUUAUUGAUUAAAAAAAUAUCUUCGUUAAAUUUCAAUAUUCUCUUCAUAAAGGUAGUGCUACAUUCGUAUUUUAUUCCAUUUUAACUUAAAUUAAUUCAUUAAAAAAAAAUUCAUUCUAUCUUUACAAUUCAGAGUAGUUUAUACCUGUACUUGGUACAAAGUUUAAAUUAUUAACUGAAGUUAAAUCAAUAUAAGUGAAGGAAAAUGAAAGUGAUACAUUCACUGGGAAAAUAUCUAAUUGAACAGGUAAAGCAUUAAUUUUAUUUAAUAAUUAAAUGACAAAAUUAAAUUGCAUAUUUCCCUUCUCUUAAUUGAAAAUUCCUUUUCCUAUCCUUUUCCAGUUACCCUAACUUUACUUUAAUGUCAAUGCUACUUAACAUUCAUAAUGCAAAUAGUUAAAAAUGUUAAACUCACCAAAUCAUUAAAUAUUUGUUGCAUGUAUUUGGUUACCAGUAGUUACAUUUUAGAAAUGUAUACCCGGUAAUCAAAGUGUUUUAUUCACAGCCAAAAUGCAUAACCACCAUAACUUGUUCUAAUUUUGACUUUUGAGGGGAAAUAUUUCAGGGGAAUAAGUGGGGCGGUUGGCUGAUGAGUUGGUCAUAUGUGAUUUUAAUAAAUUUUUCUAGGUAGAGUAAUUCAAAAAAAGUCACACUAAUGCUGGACUCAUAUUUGAUGCCAUUUACAAGAUUGCAAUAAUACAAUCUGCACUUAAGCAAACUUGUUAAUUGAUAUCUAUGUCUGUAGUUGAGUACCCGCUUGAAAAGUCAAGGCGACCACGAAUUUCUUUCCAAGUGGUAGUCAUUUAUUUUCUGAAAUGUUCUGUAUGGUUAGACUGUCUUUAAAGGUUUUUUAUUUGUUUCGUUAAGUACUUUACUUACACAAAAAUUGUUGCUAAAAGUCUAAGUUAAAAAAAAUAUAUAUAUUCUUUAGUACCGUAUUGCUUUACUCCAGCAAAUUAUUUUAUGGGAUUGGGAUAUGAGCCGGUUAUGUACUAUUAAGGUUUUUUCCAGUGUAUUAGCAAACACACUUUAUUAUGAGCAUAUGCAACCUGUUCUCUCUGUCCGAACACAUCUCAAUUUCUCUCUCUCCCAACACAUCUCAUUUUCUAUCUAUCCCAACACAUCUCAAUUUCUAUAACAGGACUUAACUUUAAGGGAGUACUUAUCAUCUUAACUUGGUUGUUGUGUUGCUAUAAAUUUUAAAUCUACUGAUUUUAUAUUCAACAGUUACAAUGCCGACUGGAGCAAAUGGAACGACAGAUGUCCUCCCUAAAGCACAAAGAGGAGUCACCUGAUGCACAGGGAACACUUUCAGAAGAUAAUGCCAUGAAAUCUGUCAUUCCUUCUCACUCAACACUAACGAAAGGGUAAAAAAAAUUAAUUUCUAUCAAUAUUCAAUCUAAACUAAUUGCUAAUUAGAAAAUAAAUAUUUAGAGUAUAGCAGCAAAGAAACACCCUUAAAGCUUUAAAAAAAAUUUAAAUUUUAGAUUAUAUUAUCAUGGAAAAAAAAAAGCUAACUAACAUAUAUUAACAACUACCUUUAUCUUAGACAUUUUGAAAACCAAUUUCAUUUCAAAUAUAUCAAACUUCGGAAAGUAAGAAAUGAUUUUUAAUUAGAUUUGAAUAGCCAAAUGGAUAAUUUUUUUUGUUUUGAAGGUUUAAUUUCAUUUUUUAAAACUGUUUCUCUUUAUUUUUUUUGUCUUUUGUAAUGAAUGCCUGUUAUGUUUCUCAUGCAGGCCUAAUGACAUGUUAAAAGUAGAAUACCGAAAGAGACGACGGCAUACAUUUAGGUUCAUCCAGAAAAAGAGCCCUAAAAAACAAAGACUUUUGCAACUUCAUGAAACUAAGGGAUCGUGCUCACAAAAAGAACUUGGUGAAAGUGAGGAUGGUGAUGAAGAAGAGGAUAAUUCAACUAAUUCAGACUCUGAAGAAGAUGAAGAGGAUAGUGAAGACAAUUCAAAAGACUCGGGAACACAGAAAGAAGAAGCUGAUAAAAGCAAUAAAGGCAAAAGUGGCUCUGAGCAUGAAGAAAAGACUAUUGAUUAUCAAAUCAUGCAAACAGAAACCCUCUACCACCUUUAUUACCCUAAGCAUGCUUGUCCUAGCCCAGAUACAAAAAGAAUACAAGAACAAAGUGAAGGUAUUAUUUUUUUCCCCUUAUAUUAAUGAUAAUGUUUUAAAAAUGUUUUAAAAAUGUUUAAUAAUUAUUUUGACAAAAUUGUGGAAGCAGAAAUCUUUUUGAAUGUGAAAUUCCAGUUCUGGAGGAUUUAACUGUCAACAUCUUAAAUGACUCAGGAUGACACAUUAGUAUUACAAAAACUUGUUAUUAAUUCAUGAAGAUGACAUAUUGUCAAUACACACAAAAACCUAAAUUCCCUCAUUUCCCUGCACUCAUCACACAAAACAAGAAGUAUAAGACUUUGUUAUUUAAUCUUGUGAAAAUUUAAGAAGCUAAUCAGAUGUAGUACAUAAGGGUUACGUGCAGUGCAUUGACCACCGUUUUUAAAUCCUCUAUCCUAACUUUGCUUUUUUUCUUCGGCCUGUUGGAAAUCUUCUAACAGCUAAUUGACCCACUUCCCAUCAACCUAUCAAGCUGAAACAGAGACUCAUUGCAAAUGACAAUACAAUAUAAAUUUUCAGCCCCACACUGUAACCCCCAAAAAUCAGUUUUUCCUGUUUUUCAAGGGAAAGAAAAAAAUAAAAUUCCUGAUACCUGCACUAAAUGAGAUUCUUUUAAAAAAAAAUAUUGAAGUGCAUUUGAUGUGUAAUAUUUUCGUUUGUUUUUCUAAAAUUGUUGGUGAAAUCAAUUUUCCUGAUAUUUCUGGAUAAAAUAAAUUUAGGUGCAGAAGCGUUACUCUACAAAAUUGAGGAGGUGGGGGGAGAUGUGUGUUAUGUUAGAUUUUAUGUGUUAAAUUUAAUCAAAACAAUCAAAUUUAACAUUUUGUUCAAAUAUUUACCCCCUGCUAUUUAGUGGAAACACCAUCAUGGCGACUGAAGCCUAUGACUAACAUGUAUCAGUUGGAGGGCACAGAGGUAAUCUUUAUUAUAUUUGUAGUUAUUAAUACAUAAGAUGGGUAUCUUUAUUAUUUAUCUUGAUUUAUUGUAAAAGAAAGAAAUUUGAUAAAUUAUCUUUAUAAAUUUGUCUAUGAGUAUGAUUUAUGUGUCAAAGUAACUCUUAUAAAAAUUAUAAUAUAACUUAGAAAGGAUGAUACUCUGUGUUAAUGGCACUAAAAUGUACCAUGUACUUGAUCUGACUAGAAUAUAACAGAUGAAGCUUAUAACAAAAGACAUCAAAAGUUUGAAAUGGAAGAAAAGCGACGAAAAAGGUAAGUUAUAACAUAAAUACAUUAUAACACUAAUAACAGUAAAUUUUCACUUAGCUUAAAAUAUAGAAUCAACAGAUUUUGUCAGAUUUUUAAAAACUGAACUUUUGGAAAUAAAAAACAUUAAUGAUAUUGGAAAUUUUUAAAGAAAAAGCUAUAUAAUAUUGCAAUUGAUACUAACAGAUGGGAUCUCCAAAGACUCAGAGAGUUGCGGCUCUUAGAAAAGUUACAGAGACAGAGAGAAGAUGAAAUAAGAGCCAGUCAAGAUGAGGCUGAUGUUGAAACAUUUUUACCAUCUGUUCAUGAUUGUAAGUAGUGGCAAUAUUCUCUGGACCUGUUCAAAAGUCCAUUUUUUGUGAAAAUGUUUAAAUUUCACAAAAUGUAAACUUGAAUUUGUGGUUUAUGAGUGGAAAUUUCAAAAGUAGUUUAACUUUUAGCCAGUUUGCUGAAGACAGCAUUGUAAAUUAUUUUAAAGGCUUUAUUUUAUAUUUAGAACUCUCUCAAAAAUUGCUUCUUCUUUGAAUCUUACCAACUUUUGCACAUUUUGAUAAAAGCAAUCAAGUGGGAAUUUACACUUUGAUUAAUAAUUAUAAUCACAUUAAGUCUCAUAAUGUCUAUUAUAAAUCAUGUUAUUCAAUUUAACCAAUUUUUCCUCCUUAGUGAAGCACAUUGAAAUUACAGAAUCAAUACCAGUAAUGGCUUUUGGGCAGCCAGUACCUUAUGUCUCUCCAGCGUAAGCACUUACAAUAUUAGUAAUUUAGUAUGUCAGAAAUAGGUGUUGAAAUCUCAAGAUUUAUUUCAUUAGUAAGGAUUUAAAGAGUGCUGUAAAUUUUUUUAUUCAAAUCUUAAUACAUAAAAAAUGAAUAAAUUGCAAUAUUAGAAUUUAUAGGUAAUUAUUUUCUUUUACAGUGAAUUUGAAAUCCCUUGGGAAAUAACUAGCUCAGGACCAAUGGCAACUAAAAAUCGACAGCGGACUAUUAGUGUGCAUUCCAAGAAGCACUGACAUUGCAAAUCAGUUAUGUAUGUUUUGUACUCAUUAAUCAAGCAUAUGUUUUUAAUGACCAAACUCUAUCCAUCAUACGGGUAUACCUGAUUUAUGCUGUUCAGUUCUCAGUGCAUAAAAUCAAAGCUUUUCAUAAGCUUGAAUGGAUCAGGGUUAUAUGGUCAUAUAAAAUUUAAGGAAUCAUAAGAUUUUUUUUUUUUCCUUGGGUCUUUACUUUGUAAGAAGAUUAGAAUUUAGCUGAAAAUCUAUCAUUUACAAUUAUAGGUUGCUGGUUAUUAUAAGAAUCAUAACUCUUAAGAAAGUAAGGCUUUUCAAAAAAUAUUCUUGUUUUACCAGUUUAAAACUGCCAGAUUAUUCUAGUUUGGAAUGAAUAAGAAUUUAUAAUCAUGGAAUUACCCAAAUCCACAUUUAAUGUUCUUGAGAUUAUGUGAAUAAAAGCAGUGUUUAAAAAAGUCAAACUCUAAAAAAAAUGAUUUCUCAUUUUCUUCUUUACUAUUUUAAAAUUAGUUUAUCAAAUAUGAGGUAAAUUUUUCCAUAUUAAUAUAUAAAUUUAAGAGAAGAUAAAUACAAAUCCCAUUACUGUGUAAUGAGUCAUUAUACUUCCUUCGUUUGAAUACAAAAGUUUCAUAGUAAUUAAUUUUCAUUUUGAAACUUAUUUAAAGAAAAAUUUCAA